CCUCCCUCAUACGCAGGAAAUAUUAUUUUUCUGCGCAUCCUCUUCCCACUGACUACAUGUUAUCCUUAUUAUGAGUAUCCAGAAGCAGUUCCCCGAUGUGCACUGGGUCUGGAAAGGAGCCAUCUCCUUCGUCUAUGAGGUCCAUCCUCGCAUUGUGGUGAAGGUCCCGAAGUCCGGCGACUUUGAGAGAGAGCAAUUUCGGAAAGAACUCAAAAACUAUGAGAUCUUUUCUCAGCAUCCACCAUGCCCUUCCAUGGUGCAGUGUUUCUUCUAUGCGGAUAACGGCAUUUUCCUUGAGUACAUGCGAGAUGUUACUCUCUGUUCUAGGAUACAGAAUAAUCAUAUUCGGGACCUGAAAUAUUCUGUCGUUACUAAAGUGGAGAAAUUGGAACCUCUAGCCCUACGAAAGGAAUGGAUGAACGACCUCGCUCAAGCCGUUGCUUUUCUAGAAUCGCUAAAUCUCGCUCAUGGUGAUCUACGACCCGAAAAUAUUUUGCUUGAUCGCAACCGAUUAAAACUUUCAGAUUUUGAUUGUACAGCAGAAAUUGGGACCGAUUUUGAAGCUUGCAUGGCCCCAUAUGGAAGAUUACUCAACAGCGACGAGCAGGACCAAGGACGACGUGGAAGUUCCGGUUUCCUAGGUCCUCGAACCGAACAGUUCGCCUUAGGCUCUUUGUACUACCUCAUAAAUUACGGGUUUGAGGUUUACGGUGAUCAAUGUCUUACCGAGGAUCCUAAAGAGCACGGACGUAAAGUUGUGGAGUUGCUGCAGGACAUGGAAUUUCCGAAGUUAGAUGGUGAUCCGUUAAUUGACGAGAUCAUCAGCAAAUGUUGGCACAACAAUUAUGCCACGAUUGCGGAAUUGGCGGCAUACACAGAGACGCUCCUUCUUGGAAGAAACAACCCCGGAGAGACCGAAGCCGAAAAAACAUCCACGCCGCAAUGGCGUACGGUUAUAGGCCGCGUUUUUCGGGGGUUAUGGAAACGUUUCAGAUCUUGGUGGGAUUUCGUGCUCUGUUGCACCAGCCGAACAACCAAGCCUGGAGUAGCUAAUGGUGGAGAACUGGAUGGCUAUAGCCGUGGCACCGGUCAAAACGACUUAGCAGAUGAUAUUUCUUCCAAAAAGAUAUUCUGUCAGAACCUGGAGAAGCGCGGACUUCUUCAUAUGCUUUCAUUAGGAGAGCCAGAGCAACUGGGAUUUACUAUCGAGUGGUAUAGACAUUCCAUAGGUUGAAAAGAAAGCUCAGCUGUAGAUUGCGAUCAAAUAGAAAUGCAAAGUGUUCUCCAACAAUCAACAAGGUGGUAAAG